UAGUGAAUUCAAUUGCAAGUAGCAAAAGCAGUUUUGUGGAUUACAAUUAGCUUACAUAUGACUUUUACAUUUACACUAAUUAACUACUAGCACUUCUAGACUGCAAUGCAAAGGCAACCUUUUAGGACUAUUUCUCCUUGCGCACGUCAAAUAAUACCUGAAGCCGUCUCUAGAGCUAGCUAGCUAGAGAGCAUCUAUCUACCAAUUGCAUUCGAUGUAAUUCUCUGCUCAGCUCAGCUGUAAUGAGAGAUUGACAGUGAUUGAACAAACGAUCUGGCGCAAAGAUUUUGCAGCGUGAAUAAAAAGGAAUGUCUUUUGAUCGUCAUGACAACGUUGUCACGUGAUACUGCCACUGCGCGCGCCAAACCUUUUUGUUUGGGAUGUGACGACUUCACACAUGGUGUACACCUUUGAAUGGGAGACGGUCUCGAGAGUUUAUUUGACAGUCUUUGGAUUUCGUUUUGUUAAUUAACAAUGGAGACUUCGCGUCCUCUGCAGAGAAGAUGUGCAGGCCUUGCAACAAAGAGAUUGUCAGGUUUCUACAGUAAAAAGGCGUCGUCCACUAGGCAUCGACCGAGAAGGAAGUCUACACGUCAUGAGGAGCGUCCACUUAUCAGCGGUGACGACGCCUUGGUUGUCGAGCGCAGUUCUGUGCUAGAUGUCGUUGACGGUGGGAUGAUAGCGGACAGUCGGUGCAAUGAUGUGAACAAGAUGGGAAAGCAGAAGAACAGCUCACGAAAUAGUAGCAACUGCAGACAGGUUGAAGAUGGUCGAGAAGGUGAAGAAGAAAAUGAAAACUUUAUGGACAGUCUGAAUGAAGUUAAGGAUAGUGGGAAAGCAUUUGAUGUCAGAAGCUCUCCUCCAGAGGAGGAAGUUAAUUGGUUUACAACAGCUCAGCAACAGGCUAAAAUGCUCAUGGAAGAUGUGAAGCCUUCUCUGAUGGUUAAGGCAUCUCCUGUAACUGGCAUUCAGUGUGUUGAGUUUGGAGGCAAUGAGAUACAAACAUGGUAUUCUUCUCCAUACCCUAGUGAAUACCAACAUCUUCGUAGAAUAUCUAUAUGUGAAUUUUGCUUUGAAUACAAGAAAUGUAGCGUUAGUCUUCAAAGACAUAUGGUGAGAUGCAACCAAAGACACCCACCUGGAAUUGAAAUUUAUCGCAAGGGAGUAAUAUCUGUGUUUGAAGUUGAUGGUGCUGUGAGCACUGCAUACUGUCAGAAAUUGUGCUUAUUUGCUAAGCUGUUUCUUGAUCACAAGACACUGUAUUAUGAAGUUGAACCAUUUUUGUUUUACAUUAUGACUGAAGCUGAUUCAAGUGGCUGUCAUGUUGUUGGAUAUUUCUCAAAAGAGAAAGAAUCUGCUUUGAGGUAUAAUUUGUCUUGUAUUCUCACUUUGCCUCAGCACAUGCGCAAAGGAUAUGGGAAAAUGCUAAUUGAGUUUAGUUACUUGCUGUCAAAGAUGGAAGAUAAGGUUGGAUCACCUGAAAAGCCCCUCUCUGACUUGGGACUACUAACGUACCGUAGCUACUGGAAAGGAGUUCUUCUAGACUUUCUAUUAGACUAUAAGCGACCAACAAUAAGUGUCAAAGAUCUGAGCUCUGAAACAGCGAUCUGUCAGUAUGAUAUCAUUAGUACUUUGCAAAGCUUAGGAAUGUUGAAAUAUUGGAAGGGCAAACACAUCGUGCUUCGUUGUCCUGAGCUGUUGAAAGAUCACAGAAGAAAGAGGCUAUCUAAGGCUAAACAUUGUCAAUUAAUUGAUCCAAAAUGUUUACGAUGGUCUCCCCUUGACAAAGAAGCAUAGGGGCUGCGUAGGUAGGUUUCCAGUAUGUAAUUAGAACAAGCCAAAGACUAUGUUGUACACAUCUUUUCAUGUUUUUGACAAAGUAAUGGUGUAUCUGGUUUAAUUAAGUAAUUAUCUGCCAUUUUGGAUGUGAACUGAGUCUUAGCUCUAUGUCACCAUGAAAGUCAAACGUCAUAGUUAAUAAAUGUUAAGUUCCAGUUGUUGCUGCA